UGAAACAGUGAACAGACACAACACAGCCUCAGCCAUGAAUUUAAAGGGCAGGUUUGCAACAGUUUGAGCUUCAUACCGGGGGCUACGGAGCAAGUAGUGUGUCACAAAGGGAGGAAUGUGAGAGUGAUGUAUGUCUGAGCCCAGCUGUGUGUGUUUGUGUGUGACAGAAGGCUCACUGAUCCUCGGGCUGUUCCCAGGAUGCUCUGGAAAUAGACAGCGAUUGCUGCUGGAAGAUCAUCAACUCGGGGAAAGACGCCCGAAACUUGUUGGCCUGCCAUCACAUCGAGAUGUCUGGAGAGCAGCGGUUCCCAACCUGAGAUCCACGGUUACUGGUAUUGGUCCUUGGCAUUAAAAAAAGUUUGCGAAGACCAGUCGUACAGGAAUGCUGCCUACUGACACAUUCCAGACGUCAGGGACACCAUUGGAACUACAGGGGUCCUCUACACUGGACAGGGAGAGGCCGGGUUGGCUGAGGAAGCCUCACAGUUAUGGUAGUAGUGAACCACCCCAGGGGGCACAUGGCUUCUCCUUUCAUCUCAGCACUUCAAUCGUCUUCCAGGGGAAUGUCCUUCCGACCGCAUGGAUGAGGCCUUUGGAGAUUCAGCUGACGUUUUUGUCGCACUGGAAUUUUACAAGAUGGGGUUGCCAGCCAUACGGCCAACCGUCCUCCGCUCGUAGCCGGGCUUAGACAGUCCAUGGAUGCGUUUUCGUAUCUGUUGUCUCUUUAAUGUGUGUUUGAUCCCACACUCAACAUAGAAAAGGCCAGAAUUUCCACUGAACACAUCCAGCAAAACCACGUUGAUUCCCUGAGCAAACACGAGGAAAUCUGCAGAUGCUGAAAUUCAAGCAACACACACAAAAUCCUGGUGGAACACAGCAGGCCAGGCAGCAUCUAUAGGAAGAAGAACUGUCGACGUUUCGGGCCGAGACAUUUCGUCAAGACUAACCGAAAGGAAAGAUAUUAAGAGAUUUGAAAGUAGGAGGGGGAGGCGGAAAUGCGAAAUGAUAGGAGAAGACCGGAGGGGGUGGGAUGAAGCUAAGAGCUGGAAAGGUGAUUGGCCACAGGGAUACAGAGCUGGGGAAGGGAAAGGAUCAUGGGACGGGAGGCCUAGGCAGAACGAAAGGGGAAGGGAGCACCUGAAAGAGAUGGAAAACAGGCAGUGAUGGGGAGAGGGAGAGAGAAAAAAAAAGACGAACAACUAAAUAUGUCAGGGAUGGGGUAAGAAGGGGAGAAGGGGCAUUAACAGAAAUGAGAGAAGUCAAUGUUCAUGCCAUCAGGUUGGAGGCUACCCAUGUGUUGUUCCUCCAACCUGAAUGCGGCUUCAUCUUGACAGUAGAGGAGUCCAUGGAUAGACAUAUCAGAAUGGGAAUGGGACGUGGAAUUAAAAUGUGUGGCCACUGGGAGAUCUGCUUUCUCUGGUGGGCAGAGCGUAGGUGUUCAGCGAAACGGUCUCCCAGUCUGCGUCGGGUCUCACCAAUAUAUAAAAGGCCACACCGGGAAGACCGGACACAGUAUACCAUACCAGCUGUCCUGACGAAGGGUCUCGGCCCGAAACGUCGACAGUGCUUCUCCCUACAGAUGCUGCCUGGCCUGCUGUGUUCCACCAGCGUUAUGUGUGUGUUGUGUGAUUCCCCGAGUCUGCAGCGCGCGUAGUGGACAGUCCCGGUACUGCAGGGGAUCAGCAGCUCCCGGAACGCGGAAGCAUUCUGAAUCAGGAAGUGCCGGAGUUAACAUGGCUUCGAAAGGAGAGACCGAGAGUUUGAGCGAGGAGGUAAUUUGUCCCGUCUGCCUGGAUUUCUUCACCGAUCCGAUUAUACUGGAGUGUGGACACAACUUCUGUCGCUCUUGUAUCACACAGUAUUGGGAAAGGGAGGAGAGAAACUCCUGCCCGGAAUGUAGAGAGGAGUUUGCUGACCGCACCCUCAGGGUGAAUCGGGCCUUAGCAAAUCUGACACACAAAGUUCGGAAUCUAAGCCUGAAUCUGAAAGGGAAGGAAAGUAAACGUCACUGCGAGGAACAUGAGGAAGAACUGAAGCUGUUUUGUGAAACGGACAAGACACUGAUCUGUGUGAUCUGUGCAGCUGCGCAGGAACACAGAGAGCAUCGAUUUGUGCUGAUUAAAGAAGCUGUUAAAAACUAUAAGGAUCAGCUAAAAUCUUCCUUAGACUCUCUCACAAAAAAGAAAUCAGACUUCCAGGAAAAGGAGCAGCAACAGAAAGAGAAGAUUUCCGGAGUUCGGGAACAGUCACACAGCCUUCAGUCCCACGUCACAUCCCAGUUUGCUGAACUGCGCCAGAUUAUCACUGAGAAAGAGCAGAGCUUACUCAGGGAUCUCAGGGAAGAAGAGAAGAGGAUUCUCAACCCAAUGGAGAAAAAUCUUCUAGCACUUCAAGAGAAUAUAAGGAUUAUUCAGGAGGAAAUCACUAAGUUAAAGGAACAGAUGGAUCAGAAAGAUGGUGUGAUAUUUCUCAAGGAGGAAGCUCGUCGGAACAGAAGGAUUAAUGACGAUGUCCAGGAAUUGUCAGUGACAGAUGAGACCCUACCGGUUGAAAAAUUCGAUCACCUCUAUUUGUUGAACACAGUGCUUAGAGAAACACUUGAUGCUAUUAAUCGAGUUUCGGAGAAUGAGAGGAGAUCUCAUGGAAACACAAAAUUCUUUCAGGGGUCAACAGGCAGGAGUGAGCGAGGAUGUUUCCCCUGUUCAGCGGAAAACCCUUGUGGAGACAUCUGCUUUUGUCGAAUCAAAGUCUCUGUCACCCUGGAUGUGGAAACGGCGAAUCCGCGGCUCGAGGUGUCUGGGGAUCGGAAGAGUGUGAGAGGGACCGAGACCUGGAGGAAUCUCCCUGACACCGGGAAGAGAUUCACAGUCUGGGCUUGUGUGCUGGGAUCUGAGGGAUUCACAUCGGGGAGACAUUACUGGGAGGUGGAGGUGACGGGGAAUCGGUUCUGGUUUCUGGGAGUCGCCGCAGAGUCUGUGGAGAGGAAGGGACGAGUCAGUCUGAGUCCGGAGACCGGAUUCUGGUUCAUCGGGCGGGAUGGUGACGUGUUACAUCGGGAUUGUGACGUGUCCGGUCGCCCCUCCCCCGAGUCCCGUCUCGCUGCCGGUCCCAUCCCCGGGAGGGUGGGAGUUUAUCUCAGUUACGAGUCCGGGACAGUUUCAUUUUACAACGCGGAGACCAAGUCCCAUCUCCACACCUUCACUGGGAAUAAAUUCACGGGGAAACUUUAUCCUUUCUUCGCGACCUGGGGUGGAAACCAGUGGCUGAGAAUCUGCUCCGGUUCCGCUCCGGGUCUGUAAACGGGUCGGGUCCCGGGACCGGCGUCAGGAGUAAAGUCCCUGUAAAUAUAAAUGUGCGGAGAGUGCAGCUAAAUACGUGGCUCAGGGGAUGGUGCAGGAGGGAGGGCUUCAUGUUUCUGGUCAAUUGGGCUUUGUUCCCGGGAAGGUGGGGCCUGUUCCGACGGGACGGUUUGCCCCUAAACUGGGCGGGGGUGGGGGGGGGAAUAACAUUCUUGCGGGUAGAUUUGCCAGUGCUGCUCCGGGGAAUUUAAUCUAGAUUUGCAGAGGGAGGGGAACCAGAGUGUUAGAGCAGAUAGUGAGGUGCAGGAGGAUAAGGAACAUGAGAGGACUGCAUGUAAAAAAGAAAUGAAAAAAAAAAGCAGAUGAUAUACAUAUUUUCAGGUACAUCUAUUUCAAUGCACGGAGUAUUGUCGGUAAAACAGAUGAGUUUAGGGCUUGGGUUGACACGUGGGAUAACGACAUUACUGCUAUUAGUGAGGGGCAGAACUGGCAGCUUAAUGUUCUGGUAAAAUUGGAGAACGGCCAAUUUUGUGGAAAUGAAAAAGGAUCUAGGAAGAGUGGAUUGGGAUAAGUUUUUUUUCUGGCCAGGAUGUGUUCAGUAAGUUCACAGGCAUAAGAAAUUAAAUAGAGAUUGGGUUGGAAAUGUUAUAGCAACUUCAUUUAAUUCAAAAUCGAGAGGAGUUGCAAUUUCGGUUAAUAAAUCUUUACCAAUUAAAAUACAAAAUGUAAUAAUUGAUUCUGUGGGGUGAUACGAGAUUAUACAUUGUCAAAUUUUUUCAGAAUUAUGGAAUUUUAUGAACAUUUAUGCACCAAAUGAAAAUGAUGCAAAAUUCAUACAAGAAGAUUUUUUGAACUUGGCUGACGCAAAUGAUAAAAUAUUAAUAGGCAGAGAUUUUAAUUUUUGUUUAGAUCCAGUUUUGGAAAGGUCAACUACAGUUGUUACAAAAUUAAAAGAAAUAAAACUAACUUUAUCAUUAAUGAAAGAUUUAAACCUGAUUGAUAUAUGGAGGAAAAUUAAUCCAAGAGAAAGAGAUUAUUCAUUUUAUUCAAAUAGACAUAAAGCUUAGAUGGAGAUUUAAUACAAUUUUAUUAAAACGUCAAGAUUUUUGUGAUUUUAUGAAAAAACAGAUUCAAUUUUUUUUGGAUACAAAUUUACAUUCAGUUGAGGGUAAAAUUGUAUUAUAGGAAGCGAUGAAAGCAUAUUUAAGGGGUCAGAUUAUAAGUUAUACAUCUAAAAUUAAGAAGGAAAAUUGGGAAAAGAUAUAAAGUUAGAAAAAGAAUCUCAAAGAUAUAUGACAGAACAAAAACAAAGACAACUUGUUAAUAAAAAACUACAAUAUAAUAUCGUACAUAUCGUACAGAAAAAGUAAUUAUGAGAACUAAACAGAAAUAUUACGAAUUAGGUGAAAGAUCACAUAAAAUUCUUGCUUGGCAGUUGAAAACAGAACAGGCUUUUAAAACAAUAAAUGCAAUUAGAACAAGUGUAAAUAAGGUUGCUGAUAAACCUUUGGAAAUUCAUGAAACUUUAUUUUUUUUUUAUAUACUGAACUAUAUCAAUCAGAAUCACAAAAUAAGAUUACUGAGAUGGAUAAAUUUUUAUCACAAAUAACCCUUCCGAAAUUUAAUUUGGAAGAACAGAAAGGAUUAGAUAUGCCCUUUACAUUAAAAGAGGUUGAAGAAGCUGUAGGAUCACUUGAGAGUAACAAAUCCCCAGAAGAAGAUGGUUUUCCUCCUGAAUUUUAUAAAAAAAAUUAAAGAUAUAUUAAUUCCUCCCUCUAUGGAAUUAAUAUACCAAGUGGAAAGAAUGCAUAAACUCCCACAAUCUUUUUUAACAGCGAUCAUAACUGUAUUGCCAAAAAAAGAGAUCCUCUAAAACCAACAUCAUAUAGGCCUAUUUCUUUGUUGAAUACAGAUUAUAAGAUAAUAGCAAAAAUUUUAUCUAAUAGAAUAUCUAAAUAUUUACCAAAAUUAAUGCAUAUGGAUCAAACAGAUUUUAUUACAAUCAAUGGAUAAUCUAACCUGGUUACUUAGUAUAAUUCAUCUGGCACAAAAAAGAGAGGAAAUGAGUGUGGCAUUUGCUUUGGAUGCAGAAAAAGCAUUUGAUAGAUUGGAAUGGGAUUUUUUUGUUUAAGGUAUUGGAAAAAUAUGAGCGAGGAAAAUCUUUUAUACAAUGGAUUAAAACCUUAAAUACUAAUCCUCAAGCUGAAGUAGUUACAAAUGCUCAGAUUUCAACACCAUUUUGCUUAACGAGGUCAACUGGACAAGGCUGCCCGUUAUCACCUGCUUUAUUUGUAUUGGCAAAAGAACCAUUAGCUGAAUUAAUUAGAACAGAUUCAGAUAUUGGCGGUUUUAGAGUUAAUCAAGAAGAAUAUAAAAUUAAUUUAUUUGCUGAUGAUGUUUUGAUUUAUUUUACAAACCUAUUACAAUCUUUGCAAAGAUUAUCUUUUAAAUUGGAAGAAUACGGGAAAGUAUCAGGGUAUAAAUUAAAUUGGAAUAAAAGUGAAAUUUUACCCCUUACAAAAGGAAAUUAUAAUCAAUGUCGAUUAGUAACUCAAUUUCGAUGGUCAAUAAAUGGGAUAAAAUAUUUAGGUAUCAGAGUUGACAAUGAUGUAAAAAAUUUAUAUAAACAAAAUUAUUUGCCAUGAUUAAAAAAAAAUAAAAGAGGAUCUUGAUAAAUGGAUGAUGUUACCAAUAACAUUAAUAGGUAGAGUUAAUGCUGUAAAAAUGAAUAUAUUCCAUAGAUUGCAAUAUAUAUUCCAAACUUUACCAAUACAAUUACCGCAGAAGUUUUUUCAAGAACUAAAUAAAUAUGUAAGGAAAUUUCUUUGGAAAGGAAAGAUGUCAAGAAUAUCAUUGGAAAAAUUGAGAUGUAAAUUUGAUUUAGGAGGGUUACAACUUCCAAAUUUUAACAAUUAUGAUAAAGCAAUUCAACUUAGAUUUAUUGCAUCUUUUUUUGAUGAAAAAAAAACCCGGCAUGGAUUAGAAUAAAAUUAGAUAAGAUAGGAGAAAACAUACCAGAAGAUUUUACAUAUAAAUGGGAAUCCAAAUUGAUACGGGAAAAAAAAAGAAUCUCCUAUAUUAAGACACUUGAAUGAUUUAUGGAAUAAGGUAAAUAUGGACGAUAAGAUAAAGAAAUCUUUAUUAGCAAAAAUAAACUUUAAUUCAAAAUAGGCUUAUUCCUUUUACAAUGGAUAAUAAACUUUUACAUAAUUGGUUCCAAAAGGGGAUUAAAUAUAUAUGUAAUUGUAUUGAUGUCGUUUGAGCAAUGAAAAAAUAAAUAUAAAAUAUCAAACAACACUCUUUUCUCUUAUUUUCAAUUAAAGGACAAUUACGAGAAAAGCUGGGUCAAACAAUGUUGAUGCCAAAACUUAGUGAAAUAGAAAUAUUAAUUCAAAAAGGAAAAAUUUAAAAAAUUACAUCUUGUAUGUACAAUUUGAUUCAAAAACAGACUGAAUCUGGAAUUCAUAAAUCAAGACAAAAAUGGGAAACUGAUUUGAAUGUUAAAAUUGUUGGAAAAAGUUGGUCAAAAUUAUGUUCUGAUAGUAUGAUAAAUACAAUAAAUGUUCAAAUUAGAUUAAUACAAUAUAAUUUUUACAUCAAUUAUAUAUAACACCACAGAAAAUAAAUAGAUUAAAUUCAAAUAUGUCUGACCAAUGCUUUCGAUGUAAUCAAGAAAUUGGUACUUUUUUACAUUCUACUUGGUCUUGUUUUAAAAUUCAACCAUUUUCGAUAUAUCUGACUUUUAUUGGAACAAAGUACUGGAGUUCAACUCCCAAAUAGUCCAAUAUUAUUUUUAUUAGGAGAUAUUGAAGGGACAAUACCGAAAAUUAAAUUGAAUAUGUAUCAGAAAAAAAUUAUAAAUAUUGAUUGGCAGUAGCUAAAAAAGUUAUCGCAAUUACUUGGAAAUCUGAGUUAUAUUUAACUAUGGAUUAUUGGAAUAAUGAAAUAUAUAGUUGUAUUCCACUUGAAAAAAUUACAUAUAAUCUAAGAAAUGAAUAUGAUAUAUUUUUCAAAAUUUGGCUCCCAUACCUACAAAAGAUAGGAUUAAAUAUAUAGGUCCUUUGAAGAUAAAAUUAUAAUGUAAUUGGGGAAAGUAAGAAUAAAUAUUAAAAUUAUUUUGAACUCCAUGGAGGAUAUGGGUAUCCUCCAAUAUCGAGGCAAUCUUUUUCUUCUUUAUUUCUUUCUUUAGAUAAGGGUUAAGGUGGGGAUGGGGAGGAGGACUAAUAUUAUUUUUCUUUUUCUUACUAAUUUUUCAUUACAUUUAUUCUUUGUAAUUUUCUAAAAAUUUAAUAAAUAAAUAAAAAGAGCAUCUCAGUAA